AUGGCCAGUGAUCAGAGAUUUCAGAGGACUGUGCUGGCAGUGGCCGAAGCUGUGCAAACAUUUGCUGCUGGAACAUUCGACUUUGCGGAGAGUAUCAAACAGAUAUGGGGACCGCAGGCCGAGCCGGAUGCAGUGGAGACAUCCAAUCCACUUCCCGUCGAUACUAUGCAAGGUGUUCAAGUUGAUCAUCUCCGAGAACGGACGCCCAUUUCCCAGGAAGGAGAUCAACUGAAAAUUCACUCCCAUAGCCAAUCGCCAUCCACAACUUCCGAGGACGAAAACUUGAAAGCCUUGAACUCAGCAAUCGGACCGCUACAGGCAGCAAAUUUGCAGCUUCUGAAUGAGAUACAUGCCCCAACCCAGCGAUCUGUCAAAUGCUGCUACGAGUGCUUUACACGCUGGAUAGACGAGAGUCAGAACCCGCCUUGUCAAUCGAUCCCAGGGCAGGAGGCAUGCAAAUUUUGUACACAAAGCCAGAAUGCCUGUGAAAUGAUUCCACAAGGCGAAUUACCGGGGAUGCUACAACGGAAAAGAGAUGCGGAUGCUUGGCUUGCAGACUACGAUGAUCCAAGAGACAGACGGCGCUUUUUGAAUUCAUGGUAUUGGCCAUUUGAGCGGCAGCAGGCCAGUCUAAAGCGAGUCUAUCGGGAUAUUGACGAGCAGCAGCCUGUGCCCAAACGGCAGCGGAAACAUGAAGUGCGAGAAGGACCAAUCAUGGAACGGAACGAACAGCUGAAAAAGAUCAUGCAACAGGAACAAGACGACCAUGGAGCGGUGGAAGCUAGAGACACUUCGCCCUUGGUGGUAUCUUCAUCAUCGUCCGUGUCUUCGUCGGAAGAGGAAGAAAAAGAAAGUCAAGUGCAAGUUAAGAGACAAAAGAUGUCGCCUUUCAAAGAUUCAGAUCAGGCGCAAGUUGCGCAUAAAGUAACACACGAGGAGGUGCUACAUCUAGAGGAAGAAAAUGAAAGAUCCUCUACUUUGACGCAGGGACACUCGUCAGAGGUGUCAUCGUCAGAAGAGGACGACGAUGGUUACUCUUCUUCCUCCUCCGAAGAAGAAGGAGUGCAAAUUUUAGCAACAAAGGAAAGUUCACAAGGGAGCCAGAAUGUGAGGGUCAAGGUGGCGAUUCAAGCACAGGACGAGAGCAGCGACUCUUCUUCAUCUUCCGAAGACGAGCCCUCAGAGGAAGAAUCAGAGGAUGACUCUCAAGCGCAACAAAAGAAUACACUGGCACUGAAAUCAGUGUGGCAAGAUGGACGCAAUCAGAGGAUGAAAGUAUCGAUCCCUACUCUACUAGAGGAAGAGAGUGAUGACUCCGAAUCAUCGUCAUCGUCAUCGGAAGAUAACUCCCCCUCUUCAUCAUCAGAAGAGGAGUCUUCAGAAGAUGAGUCAGAGACCGAACGAAAGGAGCUGAAAAGACAACCAGUGACAAGGGAAGAAUUGCCAGAGGAGAACAAGUUCUACCCAAAAGAAUUAGUUCAGUCAACAGACGGUGAAUCGUCCAGCUCGCCGUCAGAAAAUGAAUCUUCAGAAGAGUCAAAGUCCGAACCAGAGCUUCCAAAGAACCAACUCACCACAUUAGUAGAGUCUCAAAAGGGACGCGAAGCAAAUCCAAAUGAACCAAUUGAGAUAACAAGCGAUGAGUCUAGCUCGAGUUCAUCAGAUGAGGGUUCCUCGAAAGACUCGGAGAUGGAGACAUAG